GUAGCAACAAGGUUUUGUAUAAUCGAUAAGUGUUACGUAAUACAAAUAUAUAUAGGAUAGAAAGCUUUUUUGGAAAUUAAAGAUGGCGGCCCCCCGAGAUGGGAUGUACUUCCCUCAGCUUCCCGAGCCGGACGACAGUGGAAUCGACAGCGAUGAUACAGAGCGCGCGCGAGCGCAACGUGUGGACGAAAUGAUGCAAUUAACAGAAAGCAGUAGCAGUGACGAAGAUCCCUCCAUGAAGGUGCCAUGGAUACAGAGGUUCACGAAGAAAAAAUUUGAAGAACAACUAGAAAUAAUGGAGGAGGGUCGGCUCGAGCGUGAAGUGCUAAUCCCAAUGGUUCAGUGGCAGCCACGAGUUGAUGUUUCCCAAAAUUACGCUCACAACAGUCCAGACAGGUCCUCGCCACCACUCAUCGAAGUGGAACUGACGGCGUCUGAUGAAGACGACGACAACUCAGUCCUAGAACUGGUUAUACCAUUGCCGUCAAAGUAUAAACGACCAACGUCUACUUGGAAGAGAGUUAUGGAAGUCACGUCUCUUUUCUGUACCUUGUUCUGCUGCUUUCGUUAA